CCGAUAAUAGACCAGUUUGGGUUGUACUAGAUGAUCCCUUUUUAACACCACUUCAUAUGGGAUUUGGGAAGAAGAAAGUUAAGGGGUGUGUUUGGAAAGAAAAAAACACGGGGAAUAAAUAAGUAAAACUGGGUGUGUAAAAAGUCAGGCCCUGUUCAUGUAUUGUGUGAGACCCAAGAUUUUGAUGGUAGGGAUUUGGGUAAAUGCCCGUUGUCGUGGGACCCUAUUUGCAGGAACCCAAAAGGUUUAUGCUUGAAUUCUGUUUUUGUGCCAGUAAUGGCGAAAACAAACAAGUCGCAAGAAGAAAUUGCGUGUGAAGCUAUUAAACACGCUUUGAAGGCACUGCGGAAGCGCCAUUUGCUUGAAGAAGCCGCUCAUGGUCCCGCUGUUCUAGCUCUUUCUAGACCCUUUGUUUCUCAGGGCUCUGAGUGGAAAGAGAAAGCAGAGAAUCUUCAAGUGGAACUUCAGCAAUGCUACAAAGCUCAAUCUCGGCUGUCUGAGCAACUUGUUGUGGAAGUAGCUGAGUCCAGAGCUUCAAAAGCGUUGGUUCAAGAGAAAGAAAAUGCAGUUGCUGAUUUGCAAAAGGAAUUGACUGAAUUGAGGGAUGAGUGCUCUCAAUUAAAGGAAGACUUGGAAGAAAAGUUUAAAUCUCUAGAAGUGCUUGUCAGUGAGAAUACUGAACUUAAAGCCCAACUGCAGCAGAUGACUACUAAAGCAAAUAAAGCUGAAGCUGAGAAUAAGAUGUUGAUUGACCGCUGGAUGUUGGAAAAGAUGAAGGAUGCUGAACGCCUAAACGAGGCUAAUGCACUGUACGAAGACAUGGUCGAGAAGCUAAAGGCCAGUGGCUUAGAGCAACUUGCAAGGCAGCAGGUGGAUGGUAUAGUUCGCCAAAGUGAAGAAGGUGCUGAGUUUUUUUUAGAGUCAAACAUUCCUUCCACAUGUAAAUACAGGCUUCGUGCACAUGAAGGUGGUUGUGCUUCCAUGUUGUUUGAGUACAAUUCCAGUAAAUUGAUUACUGGGGGACAGGAUCGGUUAGUUAAAAUGUGGGAUACAAAUACCGGAUCCUUAUCUUCUACUCUUCAUGGCUGCCUUGGCUCAGUAUUAGAUCUCACUAUCACCCAUGAUAACCGAUCUGUCAUUGCUGCAAGCAGCUCGAACAACUUGUAUGUAUGGGAUGUCCACUCAGGCCGUGUCCGUCAUACCCUUACUGGCCACACAGAUAAAGUUUGUGCUGUUGAUGUGAGCAAGAUUUCAAGUCGUCAUGUUGUCAGUGCUGCUUAUGAUCGUACCAUAAAAGUUUGGGACCUAGUGAAAGGUUACUGCACCAACACAAUCAUUUUUCACAGCAACUGCAAUGCUCUCUCCUUCAGCAUGGAUGGUCAGACCAUAUUUGCAGGACAUGUUGAUGGUAAUCUUCGGUUAUGGGACAUUCAGAGCGGAAAGCUACUCAGCGAGGUUGCUGCACAUACAUCUGCAGUUACAUCAAUAUCCCUUUCUCGAAAUGGAAAUUUUGUACUGACCAGUGGAAGGGACAAUUUGCACAAUUUGUUUGACGUGCGAUCUCUUGAAGUUUGUAGCACACUAAAAGCGGCAGGAAACAGAGUUGCUUCUAACUGGAGUCGCUCCUGUUUUAGUCCAGAUGACAAUCACGUUGCUGCUGGGUCUGCCGAUGGAUCUGUGUAUAUUUGGUCAAUUUCUAAAGGUGAUAUAGUCGGUACGCUCAAGGAACACACUUCUUCUGUUCUGUCUUGUACGUGGAGCGGCAUCAGAAAACCCCUAGCUUCAGCUGACAAGAAUGGGGUAGUUUGUGUCUGGACAUAAUGGCCUUUUGCAUACACUCUGCUUUGACCCCACUAAAAUUGAAAAAGGCUUCAAUAUAUAUAUGCAAGGAAGUGUGUGCUAUGGCUCAGUUGACUGCCUCAAUUCUUCGUUUCUGUUUUAUGUUCAUACAAGGUAUAUUAUCAACCAUGUAUAUUCCAUUUUUAAUGAAGUUUCAUUUAAACUGGUCUCAGGGAUUAUUUCGAUGAACUUCUUUACAAUAACUUUUAGGAGAGAAAAAUAAGAAAACAAGUUAGAAUUUA